AUGGAAAAUCUAAUCAAUUCAAAAAAUAAAAUCUCAUACGAAGUCAUUUCUUAAAAAUAAUAUUGUACAUUAAAUUCAUGUAAUGCUAUGGCUAUCAAUACUAAAAAUUCAAUAGUAAUCAGUUCAGAAGAAUCAAUCAUAAUAAUAUAUUACUUCAAAUAAAACUCUUUUAAAACUAUUUAAAAAUUCAAAAUAAAUUCUUCUAAUAUUAAUACUCUAAAUUUUUUCAAAAUACGAUAAAAUUUUGUAUGUGGAUGCAAGAAUUCAUCAAUUUAUUUAUAGUCAAUCAAUAUGAUAGCUAAAUCAAAAUUCAUUUAAAAGUUAGAUGCAAAUUCAGGUUCAACACUUUGUUUGUGUAUCUCUAAAUAAGAGGAUCAAGUAGUGACUGGACACUAUGGAAAAACAAUAAAAAUUUGGAGUUAAUUUUAACAAUAUCCACAAUAAUGGACUUGUUUGUAUAACUUAACUGAUCAUAGAGGAGCAGUUUAUGGAGUAUCUAUGUGUGAAAAUUAACAAAAAAUAAUAUCAUGCUCAAAUGAUCAAUAAGUCUUUGUAUAUUAAUUUUAAUAAUAAUGUAAUUAAUGGAUUUUAAAAUAAAUAAUUUCAAAUGAUGGUUUGCGUUUAUGCUUUAUUACAAAUGAUAUCUUUGUAUUUCAACCUUAUGCAGCCAAUUAUCUGGAAAUAUACAUAUUUGAAAAUUUAUCUUAAAAAUUUUUAAACAAACAAAAAGUCUAGAUUUAAGAAGGAGGUUAAUUUUGUAAUGAAUUUUUUCCAAUGAUAUUCAAUCCUAACAAAGGAUUAAUAUUUAAUAAAAGUAGUUACAAUUUAAAUGUUAUAAAGUGCAAAUUAAGAUAAGACAUUUAAAAAAAAGAAUAAUAGUAGAUUGAUUUCAUUUUAGAAGAGUCAAUUGAUUUUUAUGAUGAAUAUUUUUGUGGUUCAAUAAGCGAUGAUGGAGAAUAUUUGCUUAUUUGGAAUAAUGAGAAAAAUUAAAUAUCAAUAAGAAAAUAUAAAGAGAAAUGA